ACAUGUGCUACGCUCUGCUGCGGCAAACAUCUGACAAGUUUUUAAUUUUAUAUAUUAUUUUUAUAUAUUUAAUUUUUGUAUUUAAUUUGGCAUAUUUGUCAUGUCGAACGGAGAAAGUGGCGUCGGGGUCGUGCGCGGUGGUGGUGAUUCCGUAAAGCAGGCAAUUGUCGAAGAGCUGCAAAAUCUGCUCAGCUCGGACACAACCGUUUUGCAACAGGCGGAAAAGCGAAACAAGCAGCUGCAAUACACAGAAGGCUAUGGCGUCUACUUGGCGGAGAUUAUAAUGAAUCAGUCGCACGAACUGCCACUGCGACAAAUUGCCAUAAUUAUGCUGACGCGAUAUGUGGAGAACCACUGGACGGAUGUCGGUGAGACUGACAACAAGGCAAGCAGUGGUGGCAUGGCCAGCGAACCGGCGAAACGCACGAUACGUAACAUAUUGCCGAAUGGACUAUACGAUCCCAACUCAAAGAUACGCUCCUCGGUGGCGCACACCAUCUCAACAAUAGCGGCCACCGAUUAUCCGCAGUGCUGGUCGGAGUUGUUUGACAUUAUUGUCAAGUGUCUGGGCGGCAAUGAGGAUUCUAUACAUGGUGCUAUGCAAGUUCUACAAGAUUUCACAUACGAUGUGGAUCAGAUCAAAGAUCUGGGUCCGGUUGUCAUACCCGAGGUGUAUCGCAUUUUCGACUCGGAGCAGAACUACUCAAUUAAGACGCGUGUCUCCGCUAUUCGCACCCUGAAGCAGCUAUUCAUGUCCAUAUCGGCGCUGAUCACAGAUAAACAGGAGCAAAGCUCCAUGAUGAGUUCCAUACUGUCUAACUUUAUGGACAAGCUGGUGCAUUAUCUGAGCAUGAAUUGCGGCGCUGGCUCCAGUUUUCUACUGCGCUCUGAAAUAAUUAAAGUUUUCACUUAUCUGGUUACCGAAAUGCCAAAGUACAUAAAUCCCUUCAUGGAACGUAUAUUGCCUAUUAUUUGGCAGCUGCUCACACAAAUUGCCGAAACCUACGUUAAGGUAUCCGUGAAUCAGACCGAGCCAAAUCCUCUGGCUAGUGGCGAUAACGAAGAAGAUGACGAGCAGACCAACUUUCAAACGCUCAUCAUACAGAUUCUUGAGUUCAUCAACUGCAUUGUCACCUGCGGCAAGCUGCGCGGCAACAUAAAAAAUGUGCUCGCGGAUUUGAUCUACAUUACCAUUGUAUACAUACAGCUAAGUGAGGAGCAGCUGGAGGACUGGCAAGACGAUCCAGAGAAGUUCGUCGACGACGAAGACGAUGGCGGCGUCGAGCUAACUGUACGCAUGUGUGGCCGUGAUGUGCUGCUUGCCAUUAAUGACGAGUUUAAUGAGAAGGCCAUUCAACCGCUGCAGGAGGCGCUGGGCCGGCACUUCAGCGUGGCCGAGGCCGAGAAGGCCGCAAACAAUCCCAAUUGGUGGAAGAUUCAUGAGGCUUGCAUGGAUGCUGUUCAUGGUUUUCGCGACAUCAUUCUCGAGGGUGACUCCAAGUUUGACUUGCUCAACUACCUGACGAUUGUGCGCAAUCUGCUAGUGCAUCAGGAAUCGCCGCAUCUAGUCGGCCGUGCACUCUGGACCCUAAGCACGUACUCCAAAUCGGAUUUGUACAAUCCGCAGAUGUUAGUCGAGAUUCUGGAUGUAACACUGUGCAGCCUGUCGCCGGACAAGUCGCACAUUCUGCGCAUCAGCGCCGUUCGCACCUUGCACGGCUUUCUGCAGGCCAACGAAAAUGUGGAGGGUGAGAAGCGAACGCUGCUUGUGUCCAAGCUGCCCGGCUUUCUAGAUGGCAUCAUGACGCUCGUUCCGGGCAGCAAGGCAACUGUGCUUGCAUUAUUAAUGGAAGCGCUCACAAUGAUGGUCAAGUUCGAUGCGGACUUUGCAUACGCAGCUCACUCAAGGAUCACGCCACUCACAAUUGCGGCUUUCCUUAAAUACGCCGAGGAUCCGUUUGUGCUGAUGAACGUGCAGGAUCUGAUUAGGGCGCUCUGCCAGCGCAAACAGUGCCUUGGCCCGCUCCAAGAGAAAUUCAUACCCACCAUUGUUAGCAUACUUGCGCUGCAGGGUGAGCAAUACGGUGAGAAACAGGACAUUGCUUUGGACGUGCUCAACACAAUUGUCCGGUACACAGAACCGCCACUACCGAGUGCCCUGCUGGAAACUGCAUUUCCCGCCAUGAUCAACUGCGUUCUACACACGGACGAUCAUACCGUUAUGGUCGCCGGUGGGGAGUGCCUUCGCAGCUUCAUAAACGUAUCGCCGGAGCAGAUCUGUAACUAUAAGAAUGGCGAGGGGGUCAACUAUGUAAUGCAAGUGGCUACCGUGCUGUUAAAUCCAAUGAAUGCCGAAAUGACGGCCGGUGGACAAAUUGGACAUCUGGUCAUCACCAUUAUCACCAAAAUGGGCAGUAUGCUGGGCCAAUCGGUUGACAUGCUGCUCAAAGCAGUUAUUAGUAAAAUGCAAAACCUCGAGUGCCUGAAGGUCAUCAUGAAUUUGGUGCUGAUAUUUGCCCAUCUGUUCCUCACCCAAAUGGACGCGGUACUCAACUUUCUCUCUACGGUGCCUGGACCCAACGGCGAACCUGCCUUGCAGUUUGUUUUGACCAAUUGGCUGUCGCGUCACAACUCCUUUUUCGGUGCCUAUGAACGCAAAGUCACAACGAUGGCCCUUUGCAAGCUCUUCGAGUACGGCGUGGCCACGCAGGAUAAUCGCCUGACAUCCAUAACUUACAAAGAACUGGUAGAGGAGCCCAGCGGCGAUCGCAUUCGCACACGCUCAGUAGCCGCCACGUAUCAGAAAUGGGUGACAAUUCCCGCACUUGUGAAAAUCUUUAAAGUGCUGAUUUCCGAAUAUCAGCACUUUCAGGAGAGCAAAACGGAUGCGCCGCUUACGGACUCCGAGGACGAGGUCACCGAGGAGGAUGAUGCUGCAGGCACUGCGUCCAAGCCACACUUCAUUUCUGAUUUGUGCUUCGAUUAUGAUGAGUACAAUGCUGAGGAUGAACAGGUACUUCAGGUGCUGCUAAAGGAGUCCAAUUACUCGGGCGAUAUUGGCGAGAAUCUGCAGAAGUUCCUCACCAACUUUACUCAAAACGAACACUUCGCAACGUUUUACGAACAUCUUAAUGAAUCCGAGCGCCUUGUUCUGCUGUCCAAGGUGCAACAGAAGUAAUAAUUGACAGCACAAUCAUCAAUCACAGACUUCAUCUAAAAUCUCACACCCCAUUAUAUUGUGUUAAUCGUAUGUAAUUAAUUGUUAUCAAGCAUUUAAUAAAUGAAAACCUUUAUAAUAGUUGCAAAGAAUUUCAAUAA